UUUUUCUUUUAUAAUUUUUUGUCUUUUUCAGAAUAGCCACUCUCUAUUUGUAAACCUAGAAAUGGACAAUCUUACAGAUUUAGUGGCAGUUACCAACGUAACUUUAACCGACACAACCUUCAUUCCUACUUCCGACGGCUUUAUUGAAUUUUGUGAUAGUGAGGUGAAGAAAGGGUUGGAAAUUUGGUUAUUGGCUAUGGCAAUUAUUCCGUUCCUUUUUUCUUUGAUUAUUAUUGGUUUUCUUUUGGUGGCUAUUAAUGCUGUUGGCAAAAUUGAGGCGCAUUCUAUGGAGGCUGAUAAUAAAAUGGUAAAUGUUCGACUCAAUGCAAACAAAACAACUUGUCAACAACUUGUCAAAGAUGCUUUUCGAGCUUUUGCAUUGAAAAAUAAGGAAUUGGCUAAAAUUGCUUGAUAUGAGAGAAUUUUUGGAGGAAAUAGAGGAAAAUAAAUUGUUUAAUUAAAUAAUGCUUUCUGUGCUUUAAAAUGGGUAUUUUCUUGUAUUUGAUUAAAAAAAAUUUUUUAUUUAUCAUAAUUUUUUUUAAUUUUGUUUGGAUUAUUUUUCCAAAUAUUUUUAAAUUACGAUGAUGAAAAUUUUUUAAACUUUUUUUUCAAUAUUUCAAUGAACAAUUUGCCCUAAUAAAGCUUCUCUUCUCAUACCUGAACAUUAAACAGUGCAUCACAUUUUUUGAAGAAGUUGAGCUGGAUUUAUUCAAUUUUCUAAUGGAUUCGUGGACAAUGGUAAUUAAAUUUAAAUAAUGGGUAGGGCUGUC